AUGUAUGAUAUCCAUGAUUUUGAUAUAAUAGAUGUGGAGUUGGAUGCGUACUUCAAAAAGAAACAAGCUUCCAGAUGCAAAGACGAAUUUCUCAAUAUUCUAUGUGAAGAAGACGAUUACGAGGCAGUAGAUGAUGCUCAAACUGAAAAUGAUGCUCAAACUGGAAACGAUGCUCAAACUGGAAUCACUAAAGAAGAAUCAGAUGAAGAUUAUCUGGAAGGUAGUAACGAGGAAGGUAGUGAUGAGGAAUUUGAGUAUUCCACCCACAAUCCAAAGGUGAAAUGGAACAAAAUGAGACCAAUGCUUGGUGAAAGGUAUGAAUCCCCACAUGAACUGAAAUUGUGUUUGACCAACUAUGCUGUUAGUAAGGGUUUUCAAAUCCGUUUCAAAAAAUGUGAUAGUGUUAGACUAGUGGCAAUAUGUGGAAGUGAUCCAGAGAAGUGUCCAUUUGUACUUAGGGUUUCUUGGAUGAGUACUGAAAGGUCUUUCCAAGUCAAAAAGAUGAUAGACAUUCAUAAAUGUGUUAGGAAUUUUAACAAUUCAAGGCUUAUGGAUCCUACCUGGUUAGCUAGGAAAUUUAUGAAGGAGUUGAUUAGGAAACCUAAUUUAAAAUGCAAAGAGAUGCAGAAGUUGGCAUGCAGUUCCAAGUGGAGUGAAUGA